UUUUAUCCCCACUUUUCAGUGAUAAAAUGUAUUACCAACAUCAACAGCAAAUCCCUCAACAACAACCGUCAUUAGCGACAAAUGCUUAUCCAAUGCAAUAUCCGCCACAACAACCACCUUCACAUCCACAGCCAUUUCCAAGUGUUCCUCAAGUACCACCACAACCGCCUAGACAAAACUUUGAUCCAAACACAGUACAGCAACAACCUGGUGUUAUGCCAAAUCACAUUGGAAACUACCAACAGCAAAUGUUGCAACAACAGUAUGCACCGCAACAAAUGACGCCGUCUUCCAUUGCUGGAUUUGUACCACCUACAGCUACCACUGGAGCAGGUUUUCCUUCUGCUCCUCUAACAGGAUUUCCUCCUGCUCCUCCAGGAGCUUUUCCUCCUGCAGCUGGAUUUCCUUCUGCUCCUGCAGCAAGUUUUCCUCCUGCUCCUGCAUCAGGCUUUCCUCCAGCUCCUGUAGGAGGCUUUCCACCAGCUCCUGCAGCAAGUUUUCCUCCUGCUCCUGCAUCAGGCUUUCCUCCAGCUCCUGUAGGAGGCUUUCCACCAGCUCCUGCAGGAGGCUUUCCUCCUUCUCAUGCAUCAGGCUUUCCUCCAGGCCCUCCGCAACCUCAGAAGCAACGCUUAGAUCCAGAAAUGGUCCCAAGUAUUAUUCAAGUUAUAGAAGAUGAUCGAAGUUCACGAUCUGGCCUUUUUCCGACUGGAUUUCCGCAAGCUGAACUGCCUCCAUUAACUACAACUGAAUUUGUUGCUCAGGAUCAGGGUAAUUCAAAUCCAAAAUUUAUUCGUUCAACAAUUUAUUCUGUUCCGCUAAGCAAUGAUAUUACAAAAGCUACACAUUUGCCGCUAUCUUUAGCGUUGACACCUUUUGCCAAAUUACAUCAAUCUGAGGUAAAUAUUUACAUAUAUUUUGUUUAA